GGAGGGCGGCGGGCGGGCGGGCGGGCGCGAGUGUGGCCGCGGCGGAGCGCGAGCGGGACCGGCGGGCGCGCUCCCCCAGGCUCUCUCCCCGCCAGCACCAUGUCGGGCAGGUCGGUUCGAGCCGAGACCAGGAGCCGGGCCAAAGAUGAUAUCAAGAGGGUCAUGGCGGCUAUAGAGAAAGUGCGCAAAUGGGAGAAGAAAUGGGUAACCGUGGGUGACACGUCUCUGCGAAUCUACAAAUGGGUUCCUGUGACGGAGCCAAAGGUUGAUGAUAAAAACAAGAACAAGAAAAAGGGCAAAGAUGAGAAGUGUGGCUCUGAGGUGACCACUCCAGAGAACAGCUCCUCCCCAGGAAUGAUGGACAUGCACGAUGACAACAGCAACCAGAGCUCCAUCGCAGAUGCCUCCCCCAUCAAGCAGGAGAACAGCAGCAACUCAAGCCCUGCUCCGGAGCCCAACCCCACUGUGCCCAGUGACGGUGCUGAGGCCAAGGCCGAUGAGGCCCCAGCCGACGGGAAGGAGCUGCCCGGGAGCGAGGACGCCUGUGAUGAGCAGAAUUCCCAGUCCUCCAUGGAAAACUCGAUGAACAUUUCCGAGAAGGAACGGCAGGCCUCUGGGGAUGCAGGUCUAGCUGCAGACACAGCAGCAAUUUCUCAGGAUUUGGAAGGAGUGCCACCCUCCAAAAAGAUGAAACUGGAGUCUUCGCAACAAAACUCCGAAGAGAUGUAGGCGACAAGCCCAACCUUCCGACCCACGUUCACAGGAGACACGUCAGCCGGCUUCAUCCUAGAACAGCCUCGCCCCAGCAAUGCCUCGUGGGUGCGUAUGGAACUACUAACUCUUUCAAGUUUACCAAGUGCAAAUCAAGAACACCGAGAACGGCGUAACUUCUCAGACACUGAAGAACUCUCUGCUGUGAAGCAAAACUCUGGAAGUGACUGUCCUUGGGAAGGCGGGGUCCACAGCUCAGGAGUGUCUGCACACUGUCUCUGAAGCCAAGAUCACAUUUGUGUUGCUGCUGUAUUUGUUUUUCCACUUCUCUAUUUAACGAUAUAAGCUACUUGAGGGUGGUACCGAUCAGGAAUCUGCUUUCUCAUCGGGGGGCUCUCUCACCGUUCCACCGAUUCCUUCCGCUUUCUUUUUUUGUGCCUUGUGUCCUUGAGGUGACCUCUGGCAUGUUCUCCUGGUUGUUUUGCAUCUCCCUUUGCAAAGUGCCCUCACGAUUGUGGCAUCUCUGUCCUCCCUGCCCUGGAACAUUAGUGGGAGCAGAGCCCACAGCUGCAGAAGAGCGAGGAUCUUCCCAGUUCCCUGAUGCCAGGGACAGGAGGUGUGGGCUCACCUAAACCCUGGGUCAGGGCAGCACCAGCCUCCAGAACCUACGCAGUCUCCAAUGUCAGGGCGCUGUCCCCAAGGGCCACUCACAGCCUCUCCCUUCCGUGGGGCAUCUGGAUUAGUGUUGCCAAGCUCACAUCAACCCAGGUGUAUGAGUAAAGCCCUUCGAUUGUUCUGGCACUUCCCCCUCGGUCCCCCUUGCCGUACCACUUUUCCCCACAUCUCUGAAGACAGAAUGGCUUCUGUGCGUGUCUCCUGAAGAUGAGAAAAGGGCUGAGGGGCUGGGAGCAGAGGGCAGGAAUAGCCGGUGCUGAACUCUUUCCCGCUGCUCGGAUUUCAAAUCCACAGUAACCUGCUGCCCUCUGCCUCCCACCCUGAGCCCACCCCAGGGAGGCAUCCUGCUUGCUUCUGCAGAAUGUUCCAGACUCCCAAAGCCAGCAGUUGCUACGGGCUUCGUUCCCAGGACACAUGGUUGGUCCUCCCCAGGAGGGCCCUUGAUAGUUGGGCCUCUAAGGCCAGAAACAGAGCACCAAGGAAUCAGAAGGCUUUGCAUUCCUCCAGAAUGGGGUGACCAAGUCCCUCCCUUCAGCUGACAUCCCCAUCCCACCUCCCUUGGAUGAGCUGCCUGUUUGGUUCUAAGGCCUGGUUUGCUCUUAACUCCUAUAUGGACUCAGACCUUAAACCUUUCCUAAACUUUCUUUACUGCACUGGAGUUCCAACUCCCUUUUGAGUUGUUGGGGUGGGGGGUGGGGCUGGGAGUUUUGUUAGUUUUGUUUUGUUUUGGUUUUGCUAACUGGUGCAUAUUCAGGUACCACCUUUGACGUGGAUCUUUCUCCUGACCACCGUGGGGAGUGUCUGCUGAAUUCCACUUUCUAAGUUUCUGAGGGUGAGGCUCUUGCUUUUUAAAAUUUUUUUUUAUUUUUUGCUUUUUGCUUCCUCCCCCCCAAAGGGAGCCUGUUUCCUGCACUUCAAGAAGAAUCGAAAUGUUCCUGAAUUUCAAAUACCUCAUGCAAAAAUGUGUCCUGAAAUAAGGGAAAACAAACUCUGAAAAGAAAAGAAAAAAAAAAGCUAAUGUUGAAGUGACACCGAAAAGUUUGUCUUAAAAAAUAAUAAUAAUAAGGAAAUCCUUAUCACUUAGCCCCUCAAGCAGGCAGUUCUGUGGAGAACUGUGCUCUGUUACCUCUCAGCACAUCUCAAGGCGGCUUUACCUCCAGAUCAUAGAGUUAGAGUCACUUUUUCCUUUGCAGCCAAACUCCGUUUUGACAAGAGGUGAAUUUGGAUGUUGAUUUCCUUUUCUUUUCUGGGAAACGAGGUGAUGUGACGGCUAAAGGAGGACCACAGUGCGCGUCCACAGAAACAGGACGGUUGGGGUGCCACACACCCUUUUUUGUCUGCGGUGACUUCUGACACGCCAGGGGAGGCGACACAGUUGAGGACAUCCAUGAGGCUGUCAUUAGUUUUUCUCUGAAGUGCCUGAAGGUAGGAUGGGCCUGUGGGCCCCGCCACGGCCACGCCAGCAGCCCUGCACCCAGCACUGGCCAGGAGGGCCUUCCCUGUGGAAAGAUGAGACUGCAAACUUGUGCUUCCUUUCCCUGAUGCAGUCUGCUCCUUCGGAGCCACUGGUCCCCACACCUCCUGCACCCCUCACCCUCUUCCCACCAUGAAUCUAAGACCUUUCAGUCUGCCGAGCCAGGGACAAGGUCCCAAGCCUAGGCCUUCCAUGGACACCAGGCCCCACGACUUCAAGGGCUCCCAGGGCAAACAACCCCUCCACAAAACAUAAUGGAGGAGGCUGCAGCUACAUUCCACAAAGUGCUGGCACUUAACACCCAGAACCUGGCAGGCAGCCAACCGACUCCUAUAGGGUGUUGACCUCCCAUUACAAACGAUGUCAUGGUUUGGAAUGUUCGCUAUGGCUGAGGACCUGGUUAGAGGUAUAAAGAUCUUUUUUUUUUUUUUUUUCCCACCAUGACCUAAUUGUUUUCGUUUCUCCUCUUACAAUUUUUUUGGGUGUGUUGUACAGCAGUAUAAUUUUUCACUUAUUUAUUCCAUCAGUAGAUAUGGUUUGUACAAUGUACAAUGGUUCCAUUUCAGCAAAUAAAAAAAAAAGGUUUA